AUUAGCAUUUCACAACCGAAUAUCUGCAUAAUUUAUGCAAUUUUUUCCCGCGCUUCCUAUGUCUCAUGGGAUAGCGUGCUUCCGGGUUAAUUUUGUUGUUGCCAUCCAUGAUCUUAAGUACGCAUUGUGGCGAUGGCAUCGAAUUUUCACGAGGAACACGCGAUCAAGUGAAUUGAUUUACACCUCCAGAUAAGGUGAGAGGGAUCGCUGAACAAUCUAUUAUAUUAUUAAGUUAUCACAUACUUUAUGUGACCGCCUAUUCGGCUCGUCUUGUACGAAGUAUCGGCAAAGCAAGUAAGCGAAGGAGCAUUCAGUGUAGGGGUUUUUCAUUUCAGAACAAGAGCAGUGAUCUUUAGAAGAAGUGUGCCUCUUAUCAGCUUUCCAAAUGUGGCGCAAGAUUAGUUAGGCUAGCUUUAAUAUGUACAUAUGAAGGCUUGUCUUGAAGCAUUGCUUCAUUUGCAACAUAAAAAAUGUUUGGACCCAACUAAUUUCGUCCUACAUUCUGUAAAGCGCUCGUUCAAGCCUCCUCGCCUAUCUUACAACCCUUAGUAUAAAGUCUCAGAUAUGAGUUCUCAUCCUCUCAAGUUUCUAGCCAAUGUCAAUGUCACUGCAUGCCGUUGAAAUUUUACUAUCAGUCUUUACGAUGCUGGAUGCAUUUAUCCUCAAGUAUUUUCUAUUAUAAUUUAACCGCUCAUAAGUGAUAUAUCGGUUAGUAAAUGUUUUGUGAUGGAUUGGAAUGGCGCCUGUAUUCGAAAUUACCGAUCAGUUUUAUGUAUUGCACACCAACUGCUUCGUGAAAAUAGGUGAAUAUCAUCAUGUCAAUCUGGGUUGAAAAAUCGGUAGGAGUUUCGUUUUGCGGUUUGGCAUAUACUUCUCUGGUUUUAAGGUCAAAUUUUUGUGCUUCAUAGUGUAAUGUCAUACGUCAAUCAUGUUGGAUCACGUGACUAGAGAGAGAGAUUGUUAUUAAAAAAAAAGCAAGGUUUUUACUACAAGCAGGGCGUUGUGGUUCAUCUUACUUUAGCUCUAUUCGAGACUGAUACUCUCGAUACCCAGUGCCGUAGCAGGGUUAAAAUUAUUGGGGGGGCCCACCACGAGCGCCAAAGUCACGAAGUUUUAGGGAGUCCGGGGGAAUGCUCCGCGGAGUGUUAAUUAAGCUAACUCAAUCCCAAAAUAAUUAUUCUAACCUUCAUUUUUACUGUUCUACUCUUGUGUUCAAUAUAUAUUUUUUGGAGUUUGCCAAAUUAUUGGGGGGGCCCGGGCCCCCCCGGCCCCUCCCCACGCUACGGCAUUGAUACCACAUCUGGCGACGAGGAUUCUAAAAUUCAUGAAUCCCACAGUCAAUAUUCACAUCAACACCGGUUUUCAUUGAGGAGUUCGCUGUGUAAAUUUUUCCUGAAAGCACGUGCUGUUUGCGACGCGCUCAACUCUGUGAGACCUCAUGGCGGUUUCGCUACCAAGUUUUCCACCGUUCGACGUCCAUGCCGAUGGCAGUGCAGGUCCACGAUGGAAAAGAUGGCUAGGACGCUUAGAACGAAUGCUUAUCGGAAUGAACAUCACAGCUGCGAAAAGGAAACGGGCUUUGUUGCUGCAUUAUGCCGGCACCGACGUAGACGAAAUAUUCGACACCUUACCAAACACUGGCGAAGACGGCGACUAUGACACGGCGGUCGCGAAACUUAACGAGUAUUUCUCCCCACAAGUCAACACCACAUAUGAAGUAUAUAAUUUUCGCCAGACGAAGCAGAAAGAGGGUGAGUCGCUUGAUAGUUUUCACACCAGGCUUCGCCAACUCGCGAAAACCUGCGAAUUCAGCGAUGUUGACAAAGAAAUUAAAGAACAUAUUAUUCUGACGUGCAGUUCCAGCUCGCUUAGACGCCGAGCGCUACGUGAAAACCCAACGUUAGAAGGUUUAUUGAAUCUAGGAAGAGCAUUAGAACUCAGUGACAAACAAGCGAAAGACGUAGAAGAUACCGGAGGCGAAUUCCAAGCCGUCAACAAAAUCAAACGAAAAGAAGAGAAUCGGCAAAGCCGCCCACGAUACCGGCGUGACACACAAUCACGCAAUCGUCGUUUUGGAAACAAGCAAGGCAAUUCUCCCAGAAAAUGUGGCAAAUGUGGCGGGUACGCACCUCACAAAAAUCCAUGUCCUGCGCAAGGAAAAGUCUGUAAAGCCUGCGGGAAAAUUGGCCAUUUUGCUCAUGUUUGUCGUUCAAAACCUCGUACCGUGGCCUCCGUGGAAACUGGUCAAACCUCUGAUGAAGAAUAUGAGUACGUUUACACUGUCGACCACCAAGAAAACAAGAAGCCACCCAUAUGUCAGCUACAAAUCAAUGGAAGAAACGUGAACAUGAUGAUCGAUUCGGGUGCAUCUGUUAAUCUUCUUGAUGAAAUAACCUUUCAAAGAAUUAACAGUCACGGCAGUGAAAGCCUGCAGCCUGUUCACACCAAGAUUUAUUCAUAUGGAUCUAAAGUCCCUCUUCCUACCCUGGGAAUCCUCACUGCAACCGUGAAAUCCAGUAACGCGAGCACCUCCGCUCAGCUGACUGUUGUUAAAGGAGAAAACGGAAAUCUUCUCAGCUAUCACACUGCAAGGAAACUAGGUCUGAUUGCGGUUUCUAUAAAUACUGCCACCGUCACUGAAAGAAACAAAGACGACCCGGAGUCUCUAAAAGAAGAGUUCAAAUCACUGUUUGGAGGCAUAGGGAAAGUACCAAACAAACAAGUGAAGUUACACAUUGACCCCGAUGUUACACCCCGACAGCAACCCCACAGACGAAUUCCAUUUCAUGUUAGAGACGAUGUCGAAAAAGAGCUUGAGAGACUUGAGAAACUCGACAUCAUCGAGAAAGUUGAAGGGCGCACACCCUGGAUCAGUCCAAUUGUUGUCGUCCCCAAGAAAUCCGGAGAAGUUCGAAUCUGUGUUGAUAUGCGUGAGGCAAACCAAGCAAUUAAGCGGGAAAAGCAUCUCAUGCCAACCAUUGAUGACCUUGUUGCUGAUUUGAAUGGUACAACGCUUUUCAGUACAUUAGAUCUGUCCUCAGGAUACCACCAGCUUGAGUUAUCACCUGAAAGUCGUUAUGUCACAACCUUCAGUACACAUGCUGGCCUAAGAAGAUACAAACGUUUGCCUUUUGGAAUUAAUGCAGCGUCCGAAAUUUUCCAGGAAAAGAUCAGGGAACUCCUUUCUGGCCUCCCAGGAUGUAAAAACAUCUCAGAUGACAUCAUAGUAUUUGGAAAAGACCAGGAAGAACACAACAAGAAUCUCCGUGGUGUUCUCCAGAGGCUUAAAGAAAAUAACCUCCGUCUCAACAAAGACAAGUGUGCGUUUUCCAAAACUGAAAUCAAGUUCUAUGGUCACAUUUUCAGCUCUGUCGGUGUUAGACCUGAUCCAAAGAAAGUUAAAGCAAUCCACGAGGCACAAUCUCCUCGGAACCAUAGUGAACUGAAGUCUUUUCUUGGUAUGGCACAGUACGUCUCCCGAUUCAUACCAGACUAUGCCACAAUCACGACCCCUUUGCGCCUGCUGACCCGACAGGACACCCCUUGGAAAUGGGAGCAAGAAGAACAAAAGGCAUUGGACAAGCUGAAAGAAGCCCUCGCUGGGGAUCAAGUUAUGUCCUAUUUUGAUCCAAGAAAGAAGACCGAAAUCAUUGUCGAUGCGAGUCCAACUGGUCUUGGUGGACUGUUAAUACAAGAAGGCAAAAUUCUUAGUUAUGCAAGCCGUGCUUUGAGUGAUGUGGAAAGUCGCUACUCCCAAACAGAGAGAGAGAUGCUUGCCGUAGUAUGGGGAGUGGAACAUUUUCAUCUGUAUGUUUAUGGUGCCCAGUUUUCUGUUAUUACUGAUCAUAAACCUCUCAUAGGCAUCUUUAAGAACCACAAGCAAACUUCCCCAAGAAUGGACAGGUGGAAACUUCGACUCAUGCCCUACGACUGUCAGCUGAUCUAUCGGCCUGGAAGAGAUGCCGAAAACCCUGCUGAUUACAUGAGCCGACAUCCGUGUCCCACAGCACCAGAAGAACAAAAUUUGGCUGAAGAUUAUGCCAACUAUGUAUGCUCUAAUGCUGUACCAAGAGCAAUGACGCUCGAAGAAAUAAAACACGAAACCAGAAAUGAUGCAGAAAUGCAAGCUGUCGUCAAGGCUGUGGAAACUGGCCAAUGGAAUGUUCCAGACGUACAGAAAUACAAGAAGCUCAAGGAAGAAUUAUCAGUGUUCAAUGGACUAGUAUUGAGAAGAAACAGAAUUGUGAUACCAUUUACUCUCAGAAGUAAAGCAGUAGACCUGGCACAUGGUGGUCACCAGGGGAUUGUCAAAACAAAGCAACUCAUCCGAGACAAAGUGUGGUUCCCGGAAUCGACAACCUAACAGAAGAGAAGGUCAAAAGCUGUCUUUCAUGUCAAGCUGCAUCGACCAAGUCACCACCGAUUGAACCCCUUCGAAUGACGCCACCCCUAGCGGACCUUGGAGAGAAGUCGCAGUGGAUUUUGCUGGACCGUUCCUUCUGGUGAUUACAUCAUGGUUGUAACAGAUGAAUUCAGCCGUUUUCCGGAAGUAGAAAUACUUACCUCAACAUCAGCAAGAGUUGUGAUCCCUAAACUUGAUGCAAUAUUCUCAAGACAAGGUAUUCCUGAUGUCCUGAAAAGUGACAAUGGUCCACCGUUUAAUGGUCAUGAAUUUAAGAACUUUUCUGACUACUUAGGAUUCAAGCAUAGAAGGAUAACCCCGUAUUGGCCAAGAGCAAAUGGAGAAGCGGAACGACUGGUUCAGACCCUCCAAAAGUCUAUCAGAAUUGCUCACCUAGAAGGCAAAAAUUGGAAGCAAGAGUUGUACAAGUUCUUACGGCAAUAUCGUGCAACACCCCACCACCACCAUCAAUGUGUCUCCAAGUGAAGCCUUAAACAGCAGAAAACUCAAGACCACACUACCAGAGUCACCGAUCACCCAACACAAGCUGCCGCGAUAUACACUUCAAGAUCCAUCCGCUAGCGUCGCCCAGAGAGAUGCUCUGCAAAAGCAGAAAAUGAAGGUCUAUGCUGACCUCAAAGCGCAUGCUCAAGAACGAGAGAUUAAGCCAGGAGAAGUUGUACUCAUUAGACAACCCAAACAAAACAAGCUCAGCACUCCAUACAAUCCAAAACCAUUCAUCGUGGAGGAACAGAAAGGCACCAUGGUCACAGCGAGUGAUGGUUCACACACUGUUACGAGGAAUUCAUCGCAGUUCAAAGUUAUUCCGAAACAUCUUGCACCCUGCCAAGAGAAUGGUGGAAGGAAAGAUGAAGAAAAGACACAAUGUCCAUCCAAAAUGAAAGCUGACGCCUUGCCGAGACGAUCGAAACGACAGAUCAAACCUCCUGUCAGGUUUUCAGACUAUGUACAAAUCGUCUACGAGAAAUAGGCUGGAAAAGGAACUUUUCUGAUUCUCUGAGAACGUUGACAUAAUAUGAAGUGUUUGAAGGAAAAGAGAUCUCAGUUUAAAUUCAGUUUGAAUGUUGAUUAUUGAACUUUGAUUACAAAACGAUGUACAUUGUUUUGUUUAGAAUUUUAGGACGUUUAUCACUUAAAAUACAGUUAGUCACCUUGUGUUCUUUUCAUCCGAAAAAAAGGGAGGGAUGUAAUGUCGUACGUCAAUCAUGUUGGAUCACGUGACUAGAGAGAGAGAUUGUUAUUAAAAAAAAAGCAAGGUUUUUACUACAAGCAGGGCGUUGUGGUUCAUCUUACUUUAGCUCUAUUCGAGACUGAUACUCUCGAUACCACACAUAGUGAGUGAAAUAUCCGCUGGGAACAAAUUAUAAUAAUUAAAAUUUUCUUUUCAAGUAGCAGAACACUGACGAGGAAACCACACAUAGCUGGAAACAACACACUCUUGCAUCUUAUACCCUAGCCUAUUGACACACCAGAAAACAUGUUCAGUUAAACUGGAUUUAACUGAAUGAAAAUCAGAAACAGAGAACUAAAACAAAGCUUACCAUAGGUUUCAAGUAAUUGUUAACUUGUAUUUUCAAUGUGCUAUAUGUAUAGUUGAUUCAAAGUGCUUUAAGGCUGCCUUAUAUUAAGAAAAAUAUUUUAAGCCAUGUUUAAAUGUUUAACUUCUAAGAUAUAUGGAAGCUUUGUUGUGAAUGGGGUGUUGGAGAAACUUCACAGAAUUCCAGAACCUUCAAUUACUUUUACUGACUGAACAAAAUAGAAUGAAAAUACUGUUACCCUGGGCUCAUGUAUUUGCAUAAGUUUUUUAUAACUAAAAAUGAAUUUAUGGCAUUUUGGUUGAAUAAACUUUUUUGUGGGAACCGAUAUUUAUGGAUCAAGGGCAAUCAUAAAAUUCUGAAAUCAUUUUGUAAACUUUUUACAGGACAUUAUCUGAAUAAGCAAGCUGCCCUCAUGAAGAUAACCUUUUUGACUGAGGAAUGGACUCAGUCAACCAAAGGCAGUUGUUCCACCUUAGUGAGACAGAUGGCCAUAGAACUCUCUAGACUAGAAAAUGUAGAAAUUGGUAUUUUAAUUCCAAGUGCCAGUCAAGAGGAUAAAGAAGAUGCCCAAAAAUACAACAUCAAGGUUUUCGAACCUGAAGAAUAUGCAGGCUUUAAACCAGUUGAUUGUCUGCAGUUUCCUCCCCAAGGAUUUAGCACUGACUUUAUAAUUGGUCAUGGCAUUAAGCCUGGAUGCUAUGGACAGGUCCUUAAGAAUAACCUUGGCUGUAGGUGGGUGCAUGUGGUCCUGAGAAAUGCAGAAGAAACAGCAAUGUUCCAGAAAACCCUAGGAGCCAUUUCUGAAGGGCAGAAACAGCAUGAAACUGAGGUAGAAUUGUGUAAAAACGCUGACAUGGUUAUAACAGUUGGCUCUAAGCUCAAUGAAACCUUUAAUUCUGCUCUGCAUCAGUGUAAGAAAGAUCAUGUAUUCAAUCUUAUACCUGGCAUUUUUGAUGAGUUUUUUGGAGAGCAGAAGAAAUACCGCAAUUCAAAGAACUUUGAAAUCCUAGUGUUUGGCAAAGGGAACACUGAAGACUUUGAACUAAAAGGUCUUCAUGUUGCUGCCAAAGCUGUGGCACAUCUUAAUAACUAUGAGCCAUCAUACAUUCUCAAAGUUGUCGGCGCCCCCGAAGGAGAACAAGAGAAACUGGCGGAGAGGUUGGAAGGUCUCGGGAUCCCUCGUAGUCAACUGCUUGUUAGAAGUUUUUAUAAGGAAAGAAGAAAACUGGCUCAGCUAUUUUUGGAAGUGGAUCUUGUUUUGAUGCCUUCAGGUACAGAGGCGUUUGGUCUCACAGCUUUGGAGGCAUUGUCAGCAGGUGUACCAAUCCUUAUUACCCAUAAUUCUGGCUUGGCAGAGGCUCUAGAGGAAGUACCUUUUGGGCGCAGAUGCAUAGUAGGUCAAGCAGAUGAUUGGGCUGAACAAAUCAAGCAAGCACGAAAACAUCUGAGAACUGGAUUAGCAGAGGCAAGCACACUACGCAACAACUAUAAAGAGAAAUACUGUUGGCAGGACCAAUGUACUGCUUUUGUGACGAAGCUUUGGGCCUUGCAAUCAGGUUAAAAUAUUAACUUAUGCAUUUACCUGAAGUAAAAUAAUUCAAGAAGUAUCUAGUAGCUGAUUGGCACAAAUCGGUUUAUCAUUUUGAAAUUGGCACUAUGACUGGAAUUAAUAUAGGAGUGAAAUCAAAUAGGUAGACAUAAAUUGAGGGCUAUUUUGAUGGUAUCUGUGCAGUUCAGAUUAUUGCUGAUUUCAGUACAAUAUGUAUGUUUUAUAGUGCAAAAAUGUUUUGAUUUUCAUGUGCUCAAAGCCACCAAGCCUUAAAAUGGACAUAGAAAUUACACCAGAUAACAAAAUUGCCACAAAAAUGUGUAACAAAUAUUAAUCACAGUUACUUACAAGGCUUAACACUGUUACAGGUUUCACCUCCUUAGUUCCAUUUUAAUGAUAUGAAUUGAAGUACAGCUGCACAAACAUGUCUUACUCAUGUGGGGCUUAGAUGAAAGACAGUUUCACUGUUACUUUGAUAAGUUGUCUUUGUGUAAUUUGUGCUAUUUGUUUAUCAACAUCUAACAGGACGUGCUGAGGAAGUGCAACAAGAGUCCCAAGGGAAAAGGCAUUCACCUCGAAAGCGAGGGGCUGGUAAUGACUUACUUGUCUAUUUUUUAAACAUGCCUUAGUGUUAUCAACAAACUGCAUCCUUUUUAAAUCAAGCAGGUACAAAACAUUUUAAUGAAAUUAAAAUACCAAUAUUUUUUUGGACUUUUUUUGAAUAUCAAAGAACACAAUUCCUGGACAAUGUCAUGUCAUAGUCAUGACAAUUUUCAAUGUGAAUACCCUAAUAGGGGUAUUUACAUUUUCUGACAGACCCUGCUCAGGAUCCAGACCUGUUUGAAUCAAAUGCAGAUUCUUCUUACAUAUCUGGAAUGCAAAGAAAUAGUGACUUAGUUUUAAGAUGAAGGAACUGUGUUACUUUACAUUUGUUGGAGAUCUGUGGAUUUUUUUUCUUGUUAAUUGACCAUCAGAUUACUUUUACAUCAGUUCCAGGGAAAUUUUUAUCUUACUUAAGACACUGUUGUUACAAGGUGAUCAGCAAACUAAUUUGUUACUAAUAAUUUUUAAGGGGCAAAAUCCAUAUGAUCAUGAUUUAAAUUCACCUGUGAGAACAUUACUCCAUUACUCCAUAGGGGAUCAUUUGUGGUAUUGACUAAGCAAGGCUUUAAGUUGCCACUGUUUUGGUUGCCAUGGUAAUUAGCCAAUUUGGCCAUUGAUUAUCGUGUGUUUUCUGGUCAGUCAUGGCAUGACAUUAGCCAGCUGUAACAUUCUUUAAUGAGAUAUAAACAAUUUUGCAUAGCACAAUCCCUAUCAAUCCCGUAUGAACAAACUGCAUCUUUUUAUAUUGGGCAGGUACAAAACAUUUUAAUGAAAUUAAUAUACCAAUUUUUUUUUGAGACGUUUUUUGAAUAUCAAGGAACACAAUUCCUGGACAAUGUAAUAUGUCAUAGUUAUGAAAUUUUAAAGUGAAUGCUCAUGAUAGGGGUAUAUCCAUUUUCUGACUGACCCUGCUGGGGAUCCAGACCAGUUUGCAUCAAAUGCAGAUUCUUUUUACAUAUCUGGAAAGUGACAAAAAUGUGACUUUAAAAUGAUGGAACUGUCUUACUUUACAUUUGAUGAUUGCUUUUACAUCUCAUGUUUAUGUCACUUUAGACACUAAACAGAGUGAUCAGCAAACUAAUUUAUUACUCAUACUUUUAAGAGGCAAAAUCCAUAUGAUCAUGAUUUAAAUUCACCUGUGAGAACAAUACUCCACAGGAAUCGUUUGUGGGGUUGACUAAGCAAGGCUUUAAGUUGCAAUUGUUUUGGUUGCCAUGGCAAUUGACACUAGCCAGCUGUAACAUUCUUUACAAGAGAAAAUGCAAUCCUUAUGGUCAGCUGUCUAGUUGUCUUUGUGUAAUUUUUGCCAUUCGUUUAUUGACAUCUAACAGGAUGUGUUGAGGAAAUUGAUCAGGAGUCCCAAGGCAAAAGGCAUUCACCUCAAAAGCGAGGGGCAGGCUUUACUGGUAUAACUCACUUGUCUAUUUUUUAAACAUGCCCUAGUGUUAUCAACAAACUGCAUCCUUUUUGUACUGAGCAGGUACAAAACAUUUUAAAUAAAUCAAUGUACCAAUAUUUUUUAUGGACUUUUUUCAAAUAUAGAGGAACACAAUUCCUGGACAAUGUAAUAAUUAAUGAAAUUAAUAUACCAAUUUUUUUUUGGGACUUUUUUUGAAUAUCAAGGAACACAAUUCCUGGACAAUGUAAUAUGUCAUAGUCAUGAAAUUUUAAAGUGAAUGCUCAUAAAUAGGGGUAUUUCUAUUUUCUUACAGACCUUGCUAGGGAUCCAGACCAGUUUGCAUCAAAUGCAGCUUCUUCUUACAUACCUGGAAAGCGACACAAAGGUGACUUACUUUUAAAAUGAAGGAACUGUCUUACUUUACAUUUGAUGGAAAUCUGUGGAUUUUAUUUCAUGUUAAUUGUCAUCCAGAUUGCUUUUACAUCUGUUCCAGGGAAAUGUUUAUCUCACUUUAGACACUUGUUACAAGGUGAUCAGCAAACUAAUUAAUUACUUACAAUUUUAAGGGGCAAAAUCCACAUGAAGAUGAUUUAAAUUCACCUGUCAGGGGACACUACUCCACAUGACAUAUUUGUGGUGUUAGCCAAGCAAGGCUCUAAGUUGCAACUAUUCUGGUUGCCAUGGCAAUCACCAAUUUUGGCCAUUGAUUAUCUUGUGUUUGCUGGUCAUGCAUGGCAUGACACUUGCCAGCUGUUACAUUAUUUAAAACAGAGAUAACCAACUUUUCAUAAUACAAUCCUUAUUGAAGUACUAGGUUUACAAUAGCCACAUGGUACUAUUAUCUCAAAGACAUUAAGUGGUAUGGUCAGCAGUCUAGUUGCAUCCAGUCAGCCAUCCAAUGGUGGCUCCUAAAAGAGCUGUUUCUUUGAAGUGAGAGCACAAUUAUGUUACUGUAGGUUUUUAAUCUUCCAUCUUGAACUUGUUGACAAUUUCAUCUUCUGCUUCAUUGUCUCGGGCUUCAGGUAUGCUGUCCAUCUUAUCAGCACAAAGGACAUCAUCUUCUGUUCCAAUCAGUUAUACCCCCACUAGCUGUCACACAUAAAAUUAAAUCUAAUAAGUUUGAUUCAACAAAUUAUACUUGAUAAUAUGAGGAAUGUGUGCAUGGAUAUGUAUUUGUAUACUUUUAAAAUCGACCUCCUCUCGGGAUAAAUACAAACAAUCUAGUCCCAAACUUUGUAGAUAAACACAGGCUGUAAAAACCCUAACUGGCAGGAGGCAUACAAAGCACAGCCAAGGAGUUGAAUUCAGGGAACCAUUUAAGAACAAUCCAGUGAGUGGCAGGGUGGUGGGCUUGUUCACAGGACCACCAGACUACAAAUCCUGUGUCCUAACCACUUGUCUACCCUGUCUCCACAAUAUCUGAUGGAAAAUCUUUGGCAUGACAAAAAAAAAAAAAAAAGCCUUUGUCCCCUUUCCCCCUUAAAAAAAUUCCUUGGCAAUGAAUGAUUCUAAAAUUGUUCCUGAGUCACAAUUUUUAAAGCUGUUAAUCUUGAAAUAAUUAACUCUCUAUUUGUUUUUAUAUUCAAGAAGGAGUAGUAAGUAAUGAUGACCUUCAAACACUUGGCAAAGCUAUUGGUGUCAAGUGGGAUCGACUGGCACGUCGACUACCUGGAAUUACAGAAGAUGACAUAGAAGAAAUUGAAGACAGCCAUAGGACUUUGUCUCAAAGGGGAUUUCAUAUGCUGAAACUGUGGAAAACAAACAAUGGGGAAGCUGCAGACUAUAAGACUUUACAUGAUGCAUUAGUCCACAGUAUGGUACAGCGGAAAGACUUAGCAGAAAAGUAUUGUUUUGAAUAAUAAUAUCUCUUUGAUAUUACUUAUACAAAAACCUGGCAGUUAGUUUAAAUAGACAGCCACUGGGUGGAAAGUAGAGAGCUAGUUAGCAAUAAAUUCCAGGUGGCUAUGAGUUGUGAGAAUCUAAUGAUGAAUUUAUCCUUGAUUUACACUCUUUUAUCGAUAGUCUUUUUACAACACUGAAUAACAUGUGUUUAGUUAAUAUUGUACACGCAUUUGAUUGCAUCUAUUGAAGGAAAGAUGCAUAGAUGGUGGAAAAUGUUGAAGCUUUAGAAUGAUCGUAUGUCACCUCAAGAGAGAAGUUCUUUAAAAUAAAGCUGGAGUAUUUUAGAUAAACUCGAUGAGUACCCUAAGUUUUCUGAUGCAGACAACUAUAUAUACUGUCUUAAAAAAUAAAAUAAGUGCUUGUUUGGAGCAAUUAGGUUAGUGAUUAUGUGAGCAUUUUUUAAUGAAUUGGGAACGCAACAUAUGCAGUCGUUCGUCGUUGGUAAUCACAAUUUUAAAUUGUUUUGUACAAAUCGAGAAUGAAAAUAUUUUUAUUUUGCCAUGAUAGUAUUAUAGUUAACUAGUGUUUGCUUAGCAACUGUCUUUUAUGCAAUGUAAUGGAAUAUUUAGCUCGGUUAUCAAAUACAUGGAGUGUAUUCACUUUGAA